AUGUUUGACAUUACAAAUGCGAACGUUGGUGAAACAAGAAGAAGAGACGACACACUGAAACAACAGAGAAGAGAGAUGUUUAAGAGCGCUAUAGAACAAGUUCGCAAAGCUAACGAUGUCAUUCGUUCCAUUGACGACAAACCAAAAGAAGGUGAGAGAUGGUUAAAGAAAGAUGAAGAGAAUAGGAAGAGAAAUGUGAAGUCAGGCAAUAGACUCAUUGACUUUAACAUCGAAGCUUUAGAUGAACCAAACAGAGACUACUUACACAAACAUUUCGGUAAGGUUUUCAUGAGACUCUUAGAGAAGAUUAAAAUAAACUCCCAACAAAGAUGGAUGGUAUGUUAUAAACUUGGUGGAAAGUAUGAAUGUUCUACGUUAAACCUCAAUAAUAUUGGAACAUUACUACAUCAGCUCUUGAAGGAGAACUUUAUAUCAGAGAUAGAAGCAAAUGCUGCAGGUAUUGUUGAAAUGCACUAUGACUUCUUCUUGACAAACAUAAAGAAUCUUACUGAAAUAAAGAUGUAUGAUUUAACAGAAUAUGAAGGCUUAACGAUGUCAGAUGUAAAGAAAGGCAAACCAAAAAAGAGACCAUAUAGAGAUGAAAGCACACUGACAAAUGACCAGAAAGCCAUUUUGGAAGCUCUUAAGCAAACAGGAAACCCAGCACUUAUAGAAAGCUUUUGGAAAGAUAAUGGUGAAAAGAAGUUUUAUAAGAAGAGAAGCGGUCAGUUCUGGAA